UGUGAGACGUGGUGGAAGAGUGGGAGGAAGAUGGAGAGCUCGGGAUCGGGAUCAGAAGUGCAUCGAAGUAACGGUGCGUCGAGGAGGUAUGGGAUGCAGCUGAGUUCGGCGAACUUCUUGCCGGGUCCUGUGUCGGCGUUGCUGGAGUUGACGGGGCUGCUGCGCGGGCGAGGCAAUGCAUCGGAGGGCGAGCAAGCGGGCGGUGCAUCGGGUGGUUCAGCGGGGCGAAGCUCGGAGGGUGGGAGAGGGGGCGACGGAGGCGCGGAGGUAUCGAUCAGGAUAUUUGGGGUGGGGGAGUCGGAGCCGGUGCAGGUGUCGAGUGGUCCAGGAGUCGCGAGUGCGAGGAACGGGACAGGGUCGAGCAGCCCGCAGUCGGUGGGCGGUGUUGUUCCGAUGCGGAUAGCGGGCAACGAGAGCAGCGGGAGCAUAGGUGGGAGCACAGGUGGGAGUGUAGGUGGGAGCAUAGGACAUGCAUCAGGCGGAGAGGAGAGAGGGGAGGGUUUGGACAACGAGGCGGGUGGGAAUGGGAGAGAAGGCGGGUCGCAAAGGUACGAUUUUCAGCAGCUGGCGCGGUGGAUCGAGCAGGUGUUGCCAUUCACGAUACUGCUGUUGAUGGUGUUCAUUCGACAGCAUUUGCAAGGGUUUUUUGUGGUGUUCUGGAUUACGGCUGUGAUGUUCAAGGCAAACGACGUGCUGCGGAAGCAGACAGCGUUGAAGAACGAGCGGAAGCCUGGCGUGCUGGUGGCCGUGGGAUGGGGACUGGUGGUGCACGUAAUCGGGGUGUAUUGGUGGUAUAGUGGAGAAGCAUUGUGGCGGCCACUGGUGCUUUUUCCGCCGCGGGAGAUUCCUCCAUUUUGGGAUGCCAUAUUCAUCAUUGUGGUGAACGACACGGUGGCAAGGCAGGCGGCAAUGGUAUUCAAAUGCGGGGUGCUGAUCUGGUACAAGGACAUCAGAGGGCGGAACUACCGUCGACAGGCUCAGCUGUUGACGCUGGUGGAGUAUGUGCUGCUGUUGUACCGGGCUUUGCUACCAGGACCGGUGUGGUACAGGUUUUUCUUGAACAAGAGUUAUGGGAACCUAUUCUCAUCGCUGACGACGGGGUUGUACUUGACGUUCAAGCUGACAUCGAGUCUGGAGAAGGUGCAAACAUUUUUGGCAGCACUACGAGCAUUGUCACGGCGGGAAGUACAGUACGGAGCUUACGCGACGAGCGAGGAGGUGCUAGCAUCUGGAGACAUGUGUGCGUUAUGUCCAGAGAAGAAGCAUGCUCCGAUAUUGCUGCGGUGCAAGCACAUCUUCUGCGAGGAUUGUGUGUCGGAAUGGUUCGAGAGGGAGCGAACGUGUCCGUUGUGCCGGGCCGUAGUGAAACCGGUAGGUCUGCGGUCGUAUGGGGACGGAUCGACGAGCCUGUUCAUCCAGUUGUUUUAGAGGGCGUUGUGGAGGGAAACGACGGAAAACGUGUGCAGGAGCGAGUGCAGCCAAGGUAGGUGCGAUGGGGAGCACGGCCAUGGCGAGGCUGAGACGUUGGAGAGGCGGCUGAUAUUGCGCUGCAGUGGAGGCAUUGAGUGGCUAGGGAGGGUGCCUAAGGAGUGGAGCGCUAUGAAGAGAACAGCUGCAUGGAGGAGAGGGUUAGGAGGGUGGGGGUGACGGGACGGGGAGGGGAUGCCGGGGCGAGUCGCCACAGAGAAGGUCGCGGGUGUGAUGGUGUGGCGACUCGUUGAACGUGAGUGACGAGUACGUCGCAGUGCGGGAAUGGGUGGAUGAGGGCCGUGCAUGGGAACACGGGUGGGUGGAAACGAGUAUGGUUCUUUGACGGGAUGAGGAUGCGAUGUGCGUUGGACGGGGCGGGGAGGGAACACGGCUGCAAAUGUUUGGGAAGGGUGGUAUGAGAGGCGCAGGAUGGUGGAGAGACGCAGCGGUGUUUGUGUUUGCGACGAUGUUGGGUGUUGCACAGAAGGAGAGGUCGACGGAGGUUUUCGGGAUGUGGGGUGGCGGUGUGGUUUGGUUGUGGAGCCGGACGGUCGGCCCGGUGGGAGUGGUGGAAGCGGAGGGGGGGAAGUGGCGAGGUCGCGAGCAGUGAAAGAGGUGCGGGGGGAAGUGGAGAAGUGGAACGGUAGGUGCACACAGGUGGCGAUUGCAAAUGCAUGUUGGUACUCCGGGUGGGGAGUAGGGCGUGCGAAGAAAGUGGUGGAGAGGAAGGUGGGUGAAGUACAGAGUAAUGGGUAAUGAACUGCGUGGCGUAUGGCACGCAGCGUGGAGGAUGAGAGUGCGGUGGUGGGGGUUGUGGAGGAGCUGGUGUUGCUGGUGGAGGCGGUGGGAAAGAUGAGAUGUCGGAGGAGGUGUUUGGUGCGGGAGUUUGAAUGGAGGUGAGAAGAAGGUGAUUCUGAUUAUAGUUCAGAGGGCGUGAAGAGUCAGGAGGAGCAUAGAAAAAGCAUGGUGUGAAGUCACAUCGCCGAGAUUGGAAGCACAGUGGAUGGAAGUGGGGAGAAAGAGAUGGGGGUUUGUGGAACCUGAUGCAAGGUCAUGUGGUGAGGAGAGUGCAACGUCCAUCGGAAGCGAGGCCUGGGACUGGUGACGAACAUGAAUGUGAGGUUGGAUCGGCGGAGUGGCGGCUUGGUAGACUUGGGAGUGCUAGAAUGAUGGAGAAUAUUGUGUACCGUGGUGGAAGAUUGGGAGAGAAGAAUGGCAUAGACAGAAAGAGGUGGUUGGAAGAGAGAGGGGGGUUGUGCAAGGGACCCUCACGGGAAUAGGUCUACAGAGUUGGAAGUGAACAUAGAAGAAGGAGCAGUGAUGAAGGUCCGAGAUGCGCUUGAAGGAGAUUCAUUGGAAGACGGUGUAUUUGUACAACGUCUUAAUUGGAUUUUUGAGAUGAAAUAAGCUCUGUUGAGAUCA